UUAAACUAGUCUGAGGCAAAUAUCUCUUUCUCAUAAUUUCAGAUUCUGUUUGGCCACUGUAGAAUUCACCUUUUCCUUUGAAAUCAUGCAGAACAAAAGCUUUGUAACUGAAUUCGUUCUCUUGGGGCUUUCAUGGAAUCUAAAUGUCCCAAAAACAGUAUUUGUUGUAUUUUUGUUUGUCUACUUUGCAACUCUUGGGGGCAAUUUGCUAAUUGUGGUGACCAUCAGCAGCAGUCCAGCACUCCUGAGCUCCCCUAUGUACUUUUUUCUGGCUUUCCUGUCCUUUCUGGAUGCGUGCAUCUCCUCUGUCAUCGCCCCAAAGAUGAUUGUGGACUCCCUUUAUGACAGGAAAACCAUCUCCUUCGAGGGCUGCAUGACACAGCUCUUCGCUGGGCACUUCUUUGCUGGAGUAGAGGUGAUUGUCCUCACCGCCAUGGCCUAUGACCGCUAUGUGGCCAUUUGCAAGCCAUUGCAUGACGCCUCUGUAAUGAACUGGAGGCUCUGUGGCAUUCUGAUGGGGGUAGCCUGGGCAGGGGGCUUCUUGCAUUCUGUGAUACAAAUUCUCUUUACUUUCCAGCUGCCCUUCUGUGGCCCCAAUGUCGUCGAUCACUUCAUGUGUGAUUUGUACCCAUUAUUGGAGCUUGCCUGUACUGACACUCACAUCCUUGGCCUUUUGGUGGUUGCCAAUAGUGGUUUUAUCUGCCUCAUAAACUUCUUCUUGUUACUUAUCUCUUAUUGUGUCAUUUUAACUCAUAGCUCUGAAGGACGGCUGAAAGCUCUCUCCACCUGUGGUUGUCACAUUGCUGUUGUGGUUUUGUUCUUUGUCCUGUGCAUAUUUGUGUAUGCACGACCUCCAUCUGUUUUAUUCUUUGACAAGAUGGUGGCCCUAUUUUACACUAUCGUAACUCCACUGCUCAAUCCUAUGAUUUAUACUCUCAGGAAUAAGGAAGUGAAAAAUGCCAUGAGAAAAUUGUGGACUAAAUUGGUGGUAGAUUCUGAAGACAAAUAA